CAGAUCUCCCGUGGGGAAGUGUGUUUCCUGCGACGGUCACCACCAUGGACAGCAAAGGAGCGCGGCUGAAAGGAGGGUCCCUUCUGCUGCUGCUUCUGCUGCUGGUGUCAAACCUUCUCCUGUGCAAGAGUGUGGCCUCCCUGCCAAUCUGUCCCAGUGGGGCUGUCAACUGCCAGGUGUCCCUUCGAGAACUGUUUGACCGUGCUGUCAUCCUGUCCCACUACAUCCAUAACCUGUCCUCAGAGAUGUUCAACGAAUUUGAUAAACGGUAUGCCCAGGGCCGGGGGUUCAUUACCAAGGCCAUCAACAGCUGCCACACUUCUUCCCUGUCUACCCCCGAAGACAAAGAGCAAGCCCAACAGAUCCAUCACGAGGACCUUCUGAACCUGGUACUCAGAGUGCUGCGCUCCUGGAACGACCCUCUGUAUCAUCUAGUCACGGAAGUGCGCAGCAUGCAAGAAGCCCCAGACGCCAUCCUCUCCAGAGCUAUAGAGAUCGAGGAACAAAACAAACGCCUGCUGGAGGGCAUGGAGAAGAUAGUUGGCCAGGUUCAUCCUGGAAUCAGAGAAAACGAGGUCUACUCUGUCUGGUCAGGACUACCAGCCUUGCAGAUGGCUGAUGAAGAUUCUCGCCUUUUUGCCUUUUAUAACCUUCUCCACUGCCUACGCAGGGAUUCACAUAAGAUUGACAACUAUCUCAAGCUCCUGAAGUGCCGGAUCAUCUAUGACAGCAAGUGCUAAGCCCAUGCC